GUUUCCCGCCUGACAACGGCGCCCCUAAGCAUUACAAUGGAAGUUAUGGGAUGUGUUUCGGCUAAGAAGCUUCCUCUGCCGCCGAAGUACAGCCUCCUCACUAGAAUUCCCAACGGCAGAGUCAACGCGGUACGACCACAGGUUUCCUGCAGGUUCGGAAACAACUGUAGAAUUGCCGCCAAAUGCCAGCCAAUACGGGCCGUUUUGCGGCCGACGCUUGAUGUGUCAUUGACGCUUACUCCGGCGUUCCAAUCCGAUCCGUUAUUGGCCGUGUCACCCAACUCGCUCCAAUGCGAGACCGGUCUUUUAUUGCGGAACCACUGGUUGAACGUGCAGAAUGGGGCCGCUGGGGGAAACGGCAAGUUGACCGCCUCGGAUUACGUGAGGGAAAUCUGUGCUUCCAAGGUUUAUGACGUGGCAGUUGAGUCGGAUUUGGAGCUCGCCCCUAAUCUCUCCAAGACAAUGGGCGUCAACUUUUGGCUCAAGCGUGAGGAUCUUCAACAAGUAUUUUCAUUCAAGCUUCGAGGAGCUUAUAAUAUGAUGGCCAAGCUAUCCAAGGAGCAGCUAGAAAAAGGCGUGAUAUGCUCGUCAGCUGGAAACCACGCUCAAGGGGUUGCUUUAGCCGCUAAGAGACUUGGCUGCAAUGCUGUUAUUGCAAUGCCUGUCACUACUCCAGAGAUCAAGUGGAAGUCAGUUGAACGAUUGGGGGGAAAUGUUGUCCUGGUUGGGGAUUCAUAUGAUGAAGCACAAUCCUAUGCGAAAAUACGAGCUCUGGAAGAAGGCCUCACAUUCAUCCAUCCCUUUGAUCACCCGGAUGUGAUCAGCGGGCAGGGUACAAUUGGAAUGGAGAUUGUGCACCAAAUGCAGGAUAUAGAGGGCCUGCUGCAUGCUGUAUUUGUCCCGGUUGGGGGCGGCGGCCUAAUAGCAGGAAUCGCUGCCUAUCUGAAAACUGUAGCUCCGCAUAUAAAGAUCAUUGGGGUGGAGCCUUUUGAUGCAAAUGCCAUGGCACUUUCAUUGCAUCAUGGUGAACGGGUGGCGCUGGAUCAAGUCGGUGGUUUCGCAGACGGUGUAGCUGUUAAAAUGGUUGGUGAAGAAACCUUCAGAUUGUGUAAAGAGUUGAUAGAUGGUAUAGUUCUAGUCAGCCGUGAUGCUAUCUGUGCAUCAAUAAAGGACAUGUUUGAAGAGAAGAGGAACAUCUUGGAACCCGCAGGAGCACUUGCACUGGCAGGGGCAAAAGCAUACUGCCAAUAUUAUGGGUUGCAGGGCGAAAACGUCAUCGCAAUAACAAGCGGUGCUAACAUGAAUUUUGACAGACUGAGAUUAGUUACAGAGCUGGCUAACGAACCAGGCAGCUUCAAGAGAUUUUGUCAACUGGUGGGAGAUAUGAACAUUACAGAAUUCAAGUACAGAUACAAUAUGUCAGAUAAAGAUAAAAAAGCUCAAGUUGUAUACAGUAUUGGGGUUCAUACAAGAUCAGACCUGGAAGAAAUGAUAAGCAGAAUGCGGUCAUCAAAAUUUGGGACCUUGGAUUUGACAGAUAAUGACUUAGUCAAAGAUCAUCUCCGAUAUUUGAUUUCAUUGUCAGGUCGUCUUUCACACAUUCAGGAUGAGGUUCUUUGUCGGUUUAUUUUCCCAGAGAAACCCGGGAGUUUGAUGAAGUUCUUGGAUGUUUUCAGUCCACGCUGGAAUAUAUCUCUGUUCCACUACAGAGCACAGGGCGAAACAGGUGCAAACGUGUUGGUCGGUAUUCAAGUAACAAAAGAUGAGAUGGACGAGUUCAGGGAUCUAGCCAACGCACUUGAUUACGAGUAUGCAGUGGAGGGCGACAACGAAGCUUUGAAGCUCUUAAUCUAUUGA